AUGGAAUUUUUGGAAGAUUUGAUGGAUAAAUUUGUGACCUUAAAGAUGCACGCAUUGGCAGCUGAGCAUUUUUCCAAUGCUAAAACUGAUGAAGAUUUUGUAAAAGUCGCGUUGAAAAUGCACGUUAAACAACAAGAUGAAAUGCCUAAUUUAAAAGACAUAAAAAAACCUAAAUGCGAAGUCAAAGCUAAGUGGUUGUUGGAUAUAGCGAAAAAAGAUUUUUCAAGAAUGUCAUUAGACAAAACAGUCGAAGUCUAUAAUACUGCAAUGAGCCUAGCACUGCCUGGAUCAGAGUUAUUGGCCCAUGCUUAUGCAAAUCGUUCAAUAGUCUUAUCAAAUGCGGCAAUGUAUGAAGAAUCUUUAAAGGAUAUAGAGCAUGCUUUGAAAGCUAAUUAUCCAGACAACAUGAAAGCUUUGUUGUUCGUUCGGAAAGCCAAAAAUUUAUUCGCUUUAGACCCAACAGCAGAUAUUGAAGACACUUUGAAUAAAGCUAGACAAUGGGCAUUGAAGAUGAACGAUAAGGAAAAAAGUAAGCUUUUGAAAAAUCUUGAGAAGAUAAAAACAAAAAAAUAUAAAAAACCAGUUAAAGAACGUGAUAAUCGAAUGUUUGUGCCAUCUUCUCCGAAUGAUAAUCCAAUAAUUAAAGAUACUUUGGCUGCUAUUGCUAUUAAAUAUUCUGAAAAAUUCGGACGUCAUAUCGUAGCUACCAGAGAUAUGAUGGCGGGUGAAGUAGUUUCUGUUAAACGAGCUUACGCCUUGGUUGUUUCAUGUGAAUACAAGUUGAAACUAUGUUGGAACUGUUCAAAACAUUGCUGGUCAUCUGUUCCCUGCGAGACAUGUUCAAACGUCAUUUAUUGCAGUGAAAAAUGUCGAAAUGUUGCCUGGAAAGAUUAUCAUGACAUAGAAUGUUCUAUUCUCAAUGGUUUGCUGUCCUCGAUUCAUUGUUAUGAAGAUAUAAGUCUUAUGAGCUUGAGAUUAUUCAUAAAAGCUAUCAAAGAAUUCGGAACAGUAAAAGCAUUGUAUGAAAGUGUUCAAAAGAUUGAUUCCACAGCAGAUUUAAUUAUGAAAAGUUUCACUGAUGGUAUUUACGACGACAAGAAAUACGCAAGUGUUUACCCAUUAUGUCGGAAGCCGAUGAAUUUGCGAUUUAAAGUUCAAUGUGCCCUCAAAGCUUUACAAUACAUGUAUUUCAUGGCUUUGACGAGCGAUGUUUUUGGGAAAAAAAUGAAGAGCAUGGAUGAAUUAGGAAACUAUGAAUAUGCAGUUUUUGUUGGAAAAUUACUUUACCACCACACUGUGUUAAAUUCAUGCUCCAAGUACUAA